AUUUAUCGAAAAAGGGAUAAAGUCUUUCGUAUCUCAGUGAGCUUGGUGUCCGGGGGAAAAUGUUUGCCGACGAGAAGGCCUGGAGUGAGGACAGCAAGGGCUACAAGAAAGUGAAACGAGCGCUCGAGGAAAAAUGGAAACUAGUGCCGGCGUUUCUGCAGGUGAAAGGUUUGGUGAAGCAGCACAUCGAUGCGUUCAACUAUUUCAUCAAUGUGGACAUCAAAAAGAUCGUGCAAGCCAACCAGGAGGUGAAGAGUGAUGCCGAUCCGUGCUUCUACUUGAAGUACCUGAACGUGCACGUUGGCAAACCGGAUGUGGAGGAGGGCUUCAACAACACGAAAUCGACGACACCGCACGAGUGCCGGCUGCGCGAUAUGACCUACUCGGCACCGAUCACGGUCGAUGUGGAGUAUACGCGUGGUACGCAGCGUGUCGUACGGAACGGGUUGCUGAUUGGCCGGAUGCCGAUCAUGUUGCGCUCCUCGAACUGCAUCCUGAACGGCAAAUCGGACUACGAACUGUCGCAGGUCAAUGAGUGCCCGAUGGAUCCGGGCGGUUACUUUAUUAUCCGUGGCACCGAGAAGGUGAUUUUGAUCCAGGAGCAGCUGAGUUGGAAUAAGAUGAUUACGGAGGAUUACAACGGGUUGAUCCAGUGUCAGGUGACGAGUUCGACGCACGAGAAAAAAUCACGCACGAUCCUGUACAGUAAGCACGGUCGCUACUACCUCAAGCACAACUCGAUGACAGAGGAGAUCCCGGUCGCGAUCAUCCUGAAGGCGAUGGGUGUAGCAUCGGAUCAGGAAAUCAUGCAGCUCGUCGGUAUCGAUCAGGAGACGCAGAAACGGUUCGCACCGUCACUGCUGGAAGCGGCCAAACACAAGGUGUACACACAGCAGCGUGCCCUGGAGUACAUGGGAUCGAAGCUGAUUGCGAAACGGUUCACAACGGCGGCCACCAAGUACCGGACGACAGCUGAUGAAGCGCGUGAUCUACUGGCAACCACGAUCCUGGCCCACGUUCCGGUACGCAGCUUUAACUUUCAGGUAAAAGCCAUCUACGUUGCCCUCAUGAUCCGGCGUGUGAUGGCUGCCGAGCUGGAUCGGAGUGCGGUCGAUGAUCGUGAUUACUAUGGUAACAAGCGGCUCGAGUUGGCCGGAUCGUUGCUUUCGCUAAUGUUUGAGGAUCUGCUGAAGCGCUUCAACUGGGAGCUGAAAAUGAUUGCCGAUAAGAACAUCCCAAAGAUCAAGGCGGCACAGUUCGAUGUGGGAAAGCAUAUGCGAGAAGCGCUGAUUACAUCCGGGCUCGAGACGGCCAUUUCGACCGGUAACUGGACCAUCAAGCGGUUCAAAAUGGAACGUGCCGGUGUGACGCAAGUGCUGUCGCGCCUUAGCUACAUCUCGGCACUCGGCAUGAUGACGCGCGUUAACUCGCAGUUCGAGAAGACACGCAAAGUGUCCGGUCCACGAUCGCUGCAGCCGAGUCAGUGGGGUAUGCUGUGUCCCUCGGAUACACCGGAAGGAGAAGCGUGCGGUUUGGUGAAGAACCUCGCUCUGAUGACGCACAUUACGACUGAGGUCGACGAGGAACCGGUCAUACGGCUCGCGUACAAUGCCGGUGUGGAGGACAUCCGGCUGAUUGGUGGUGAAACGAUCAACAAUCCGAAGGUGUUUAUGGUGUUCAUCAAUGGUAACAUACUGGGUGUGACGAUCGCAUACCGGAGGUUAGUGGAAGUGUUUCGAAUGAUGCGACGCCGUGGGUUGAUCGGAGCCUUCGUUUCGAUUCACACGUCGUUUACGCAGCGUUGCGUCUACAUUCACACCGACGGUGGCCGGCUGUGUCGACCGUACAUUAUCGUGCAAGCGGGUCUUCCACUCGUUCUGCAGGAGCACAUCGAGCAGUUAAAGCUGGGAUUGCGCAAGUUUGAUGACUUCCUGCACGAUGGUUUGAUCGAGUAUCUGGAUGUGAACGAGGAAAACGAUUCAUUCAUCGCGUACCAGGAGCGUGACAUUGAUCCUGAGAAAACGACUCACCUCGAGAUCGAACCGUUCACGUUGCUCGGUGUGUGCGCCGGACUCGUACCGUACCCGCACCACAACCAGAGCCCCCGUAACACGUACCAGUGUGCGAUGGGUAAGCAAGCGAUGGGCAUCAUCGGAUACAAUCAGAAGAACCGCAUCGACACACUGAUGUACAACAUCGUGUACCCUCAGACACCGAUGGUGCGAUCGCGCACGAUCGAGCUGACCAACUUCGAUAAGCUUCCGGCCGGCCAGAAUGCCACCGUAGCAGUGAUGAGCUACUCCGGGUACGAUAUCGAGGAUGCGCUGAUCCUCAACAAGGCUUCGAUCGAUCGUGGCUAUGGACGCUGUCUUGUGUACAAGAACAGCAAAUGCACAAUCAAGCGGUACAGCAACCAAACGUUCGAUCGUAUCAUGGGCCCGAUGAAGGACUCACUCACCGGGAAGGUGAUCGCACGGCACGAGUGUCUCGACACCGAUGG